AUGAAAUUCGUAAGUAAAAAUAUGAAGAAACCUUUGCUUGCGUUAAUUUUAAUCAUCAAUAUUUCAGGUAUAACUUGCGAUGCCUUAGAAACUUUAUUGUGUAAAAAUGUAAAUGACAUAUGUUAUAAUGACGAAGAUUGUUGUUCCGAAUAUUGUUUUAAAUCGUUAAAAUGGUUUAGCGGUGCUUGUAAGCCACAAUCAUUGGAAUUGUAUGCUGAUUCAAACCCAACAGAUCAAGAAGGAAUAUGCGAAUUCCACAUGCAGACUGAUGAAAGUGAAAUUCAUUAUCUGAAUAAUGAAUUUGACAGUGUAAAUGCAGCCCACAAUACUUUGCCUCCAUAUACAUUAAUCAAAGUGUCACACAAAAGAAGGACGAUAGUGAUCACAGUAAACGAUCGCGUCCCAAGAACAAAUGGAUCACUUUUAGACUUAUCCAAUACAGCUGCUCUGAUGUUACAAAUUAAAAAUGGUGAAUCUGUGCCAUGUACAAUCGAAAAAGUGAUACAUCAUAGUACUAUACUAAAAAUGAUUUUAUAUACAUUACCAGUUUUGAGUUUCAUCAUAAUUCUGAUUAAUUUAAUUUAA